CCUCAACGCUGGGGCACCAGGGAUGCUGUGCGCACACUGAACACCCUGCAGACCAAUGCUGGCUACCUGGAGCAGGUGAAGCGCCAGCGGGGUGACCCUCAGACGCAGCUGGACACGAUGAAGCUGUACUUGGCCCGGAGUGGGCUGCAGGUGGAAGACUUGGACCAGCUGAACAUCAUUCACGUCACUGGGACCAAGGGGAAGGGUUCCACUUGUGCCUUCACUGAACGUAUUCUCCGCAGCUAUGGCCUGAAGACAGGAUUCUUUAGCUCUCCCCACCUGGUGCAGGUGCGGGAGCGGAUCCGCAUCGACGGGCGGCCUGUAAGCCCUGAGCUCUUCACCAAGCACUUCUGGCACCUUUACCACCGGCUGGAGGAGACCAAGGACAGCAGCAGCUGUGUCUCCAUGCCCGCCUACUUCCGCUUCUUCACACUCAUGGCCUUCCACAUCUUCCUCCAAGAGAAGGUGGACCUGGCGGUGGUGGAAGUGGGCAUUGGUGGCGCUUACGACUGUACCAACAUCAUUCGGAAGCCUGUGGUGUGUGGCAUCUCCUCUCUUGGCAUCGACCACACCAGCCUUCUGGGGGACACAGUGGAGGCGAUCGCAUGGCAGAAAGGGGGCAUCUUCAAGCGUGGCGUCCCUGCCUUCACGGUGCUCCAGCCUGAUGGUCCCCUGGCAGUGCUGCGGGACCGUGCCCAGCAGAUCUCCUGUCCUCUCUACCUGUGCCCAUCACUCGAAGCCCUGGAGGAAGGCGGGCCGCCGCUGACCCUGGGCCUGGAGGGAGAGCACCAGCGGUCCAACGCCGCCUUGGCCUUGCAGCUGGCUCGCUGCUGGCUGCAGCAGAAGGGCCACCAGGGCCUUGGAGAGCUGAAGAUGUCUCGACCCAGCGUCUUGCGGCAGAUGCCCCUGGCACCCGUGUUCCAGCCCACAUCCCACAUGCGACAUGGGCUUCGGGACACCGAGUGGCUGGGCCGGACGCAGACACUGCAGCGCGGGCCCCUCACCUGGUACCUGGACGGCGCGCACACCGUGAGCAGCGUGCAGGCCUGCGUGCGCUGGUUCCGCCAGGCGCUGCACCGCAGCCAGAGGCCGAACCGCGGCCGUGAGGUGCGCGUCUUGCUUUUCAACUCCACUGGGAACCGGGAUUCGGAGGCCCUGCUGAAGCUGCUGCAGCCCUGUCAGUUUGACUAUGCCGUUUUCUGCCCUAACCUGACGGAGGUGUCAUCUGCUAGCAACGCAGACCAGCAGAACUUCAUGGUGACCCUGGACCAGGUGUUGCUCCGCUGCCUUGCACAUCAACAGCACUGGAGCCAACUGGAUGAGGAGCCGGCCAGCCCAGAUCUCUGGAGCUCCACCAGCCCGGAGCCUGGUGAUGAGCACACGUCCUUGCUGCUGGCUUCUCGCCCACACCACCCCCACAGCACCGGCUCCCUUGUCUUCAGCUGCAUCUCCCAUGCCCUGCAGUGGAUCAGCCAAGGCCGGGACCCUGUCUUUCAGCCACCCAGUCCCCCCCCAAGCCUCCUUGCUCACCCUGUGGCUGGCAGUGGGGUGGGCGUGCUCCGUGAGGCUGCCGCCAUCCAUGUACUAGUCACAGGCAGCCUGCACCUGGUGGGUGGCGUCCUGAAACUGCUGGACCCUUCCCUGUCCCAGUAGCCCAGGCAGUGGGGUUGGAAGUGGGGGUCUCCCACGCCUGCCCUGCAGCUCACCAUGAACUCUUGUUAGGUGCCUUUUGUCAUCUGCUUUUCUGAUGCUGUCCAGACUGGCCCGGGGUCCUGGGCUCUGGGCAGCAAGAUCCAGGGCUAGAAUGGGGAGGCCGAGAUGGGACAUCCUCUUGUCUGAGCCUAGGGUGCCUUGGGCCUCUCCCUCCUCCUGACCAAGACAGCCAGAGGGCUUCUUGGUUGUCCCACUGUCCUAGUAGGCCAAACUAUGCAGCCCCCCUCCCUCACUACCCUGCCUGCGUCCUGGCUCAGGCCCAGCUUACCAUGUGAGCUGCCUGGCCAGGCCUGGGGUCCUGCCGGGUGCUGGUUGAUAGAUUACCUCUUAGUGGCCUUCUGGGGAAGAGAGGGCUCCUGCCUGGGGCCCACCAGAGACCAAGGAUGGCUGGAGUCAAUUAAAGCCUUUAAGUUUUUCAAAAAG